AGCACGUCGGCAGGCCGCACCACACUUCGACAAACUACACCAUCUCCUCGGCGCCACUGCCGCGCGCUUCCUCGGCAAGCACGCAAGCCUGAGAUUCGAUCCCCCCGCGCCCCCCCUCCUCGGCGUCGCCACCGCAAUCUCACGGCGUCUACGCAGCCCACCCACCACCACCUCUCCCCCCUCACGGGAUCACGAGACCACGCCGCGGGAUUCACGAGACCGGGAGCGCAGAGAUCUGUGCCGCACCGAGCCGAGCCGAGCCGAGCUGAGCUUACUCUGCUCUGCCGUACUCUGCUUAUGCCGCCGAGGUAGAGUCCGCGGGGGGCGGGGGGAGGUACGGCCGCCUACUCCGGCGGUGGCCGCGGCCUAGCCUCCUCGGUCGGUUGGCGGGAUGAAGCCGCGGAGGUUUGGCUACGGCCGGGGCAGGCGUGCGGUGGCGCUGCUCGUGCUGCUGCUCUGCCUCUGCCUCAGCAGCGCCUUCCUCCUCCUGCUCCACGGCUCCUCCGGUCCGCUGGAGCCCGCGGCGGAGGAGAAGGCGGCGGCGGGGGCGAGGGUGGCGGAGGCCCGGGCGGAGGUGGAGGAGGCGCCGCUGCCGCCGGGGAACUCCAAGGUCGCCUUCCUCUUCAUCGCGCGCAACCGCCUCCCGCUCGAGCUCGUCUGGGACGCCUUCUUCCGCGGUGACAAGGAGGGGAGGUUCUCCAUCUUCGUGCACUCGCGGCCGGGCUUCGUGCUCACCCGCGCCACCACCCGGUCCCGAUUCUUCUACAACCGCCAGGUCAACAACAGCAUCCAGGUGGAUUGGGGGGAGGCAAGCAUGAUCACAGCUGAGCGCAUUCUGCUCAGCCAUGCUCUCAAGGACCCGCUCAAUGAGCGCUUUGUCUUUGUCUCCGACAGCUGUGUACCAUUGUACAACUUCAGCUACACUUAUGACUACAUAAUGUCAUCAUCAACCAGCUUCGUAGACAGUUUUGCUGAUACAAAGGCGGGGCGAUACAAUCCAAGAAUGGACCCAAUUAUCCCAGUUGAGAAUUGGAGAAAAGGCUCACAGUGGGCAGUACUAAUUAAAAGGCAUGCUGAAGUUGUAGUUGAAGACGAAGUGGUGUUGCCAGAAUUCCAGAAGCAUUGCAGGAGGAGACCAUUGCCAGAGUUUUGGCGGGAUUGGGAUCGUCCUAUUCCUGCAGAGGCAUGGAAAGCCCAUAACUGCAUACCAGAUGAGCACUAUGUUCAGACAUUGCUUGCACAAACUGGUCUAGAAGAAGAACUUACACGGCGAUCAGUUACACAUAGUGCAUGGGAUCUUUCAGCUUCUAAAGAUCGUGAAAGGCGUGGAUGGCAUCCUGUAACAUAUAAAGUCUCUGAUGCUACUCCCGCACUUAUUAAGUCUAUAAAGGGUAUUGAUAAUAUAUAUUACGAGACUGAAAAUAGGAGGGAGUGGUGUACAAGUAAUGGAAAACCAGCACCUUGCUUCCUUUUUGCAAGGAAGUUUACACGUGGAGCUGGUCUGAAGCUUCUUGAUUCAUCAUUGAUAGCAGUAAAGUGAAGAAUAUAGUCACAGGGGCAACUGCUUUUUAAUGGUUUCACCCUUACAAGAAUACUGCCAGUUCACACAAAUGUAAAGGAAGAUACGCAACUACUGGGGAGACAGAAAAUAACAGUGACUUUUUUUUGUUCAGUGUGUGGUACUAUAUUAAUCUGUUACACCAUAGAAAGGUAAAAUACAUGUUGUAAAGCAAUAAUUUUGUUUCUUUUAGUACCUAGGUUGGUGCAUCACUAACCCACGAUCAGCAUUGUAACAACAGUCAGCCAGUUGGUGCUUGAACCCUGAGAAAAUUUGUCGGCAAAUUUAUGAAGAAAUGUUCUCUCA